AUGGCCUGGUGGCAUGAUCUACCCAAUGAGCUGAAGAAUCAAAUCUGGGGUUAUCUCCUCGAAUGCGGCAGCAACGAGAAUUGCCCACUGGCCCCAUACGCUUCCAUCUCUCGCGAAUGGCAGAAAAUCAUCGAGCCCUUCAUCUUUGAAGAGGUGCGCAUCUCACUUCGGUCACAAGAAGCGAGUGCAAGCCGCCGCGAGAUCUCCCAAGCCCGCCAGAUCCUCACCAAGCCGCGCCAGAGGGUUCUGAAUCGACUCCGUGUCCGCAUCGACUAUGACGCCACCAAGACCUCUAAAGGCUACAGGAGGGCGUUUGCAGACGUUUUAGUCGCCCUGUUCGACUUAUUACAAAGCUGGGAGAAAGCAGACGCCAGAAUCGGGCUCGAAAUUGUCGAAAUCCGGCCUUGCGGUCCUCCGCUUCUCACGUACGGAGUAGAGCUUUUGCGGCAGCGAACGUGGUCGAUCGGCUGCGUGCGAUCGCUCCGCAUCGUGAAACCGCAAUCUUACAUUUCCCGCAGCACCGGGCCCGAGCUCGCCGACCUGAUUCUGACCGGACUAGCACCCGGCCUGGAUACAAUCAACUACGAAUACGAAAUCGGCUGCCGCCCUGGAUACAAGCACAAGCUUUGCUUACUUACAGAGUGGCAGAAUGCUCCGGCAGGCGUGAAGUCGUUGACUGUCCGCGAAUCUUGCGAUCAGAGCAACUUGAACACGCAACAAGAUUGGCUCGAGUACAUUCGCACGCACCAGGGCGUUCCUGAGCAAUUAUAUCAAAAAAGCCGUAGGCUGGAGGCGCUAUGCGUCUCAUUCGCCAUCGAUGCGACUGACUUCUUCUCUCAUAUGAUGGACCAGCCCGCGAGUGACCACCCGUCGUCUCCCCAGGCCGUCCCCGAUUGGCCGGAACUACGGCACAUCAGUCUGACGUCUCACUCAAUCUGGGACAAGGCACCCGAGAUGACGAAUAAGCUCCUGUUAUCAGCCGCUAGAGCUGUCCGGCGGAUGCCAAAGUUGAAAGUGAUGGAAAUCUGGAACGCUCGUGAGCAAUACAUUCUUUCGGCGGGCUGUUUCCGAUACUGCGCUGCGGGAGACGGCGCCGCCACGCUCACGUGGGAAAGCACUUGGCCAUUUGUGAUUGAAGAAGCCACGAGACUGGCGUGGAUUGAUGCUGCCAAGUCACAUUCUGGUCGUGGACUGAAUUUUGAAGUACGGCAAAUUCCUGCGGAGCUACCAUGGCCUUUUCCACCUGCUAAAGCUCAUGUGGAAGCGUUUUCCUAUCGCAAUACUUCUCAGCCUCCUGCUGGAUCAAGCACGGAGAAUAGCUUGAGUCUGGAUAAUUUAGGAUUGGAAUAG